AAUUCAUUCGUUCAAUUUAGUGUCAGUCACUGAGCGCCUAUGUUGUUUCGUAUUUUUGUUUUGCUUAAAAUUAAUUUGUUUAUUUAUAUGUAGAGUGCUUUGUUUUCUGAAUUAAGUCAUGCAGGAAGAACACAGAAAGGCUAUACAGCGCAAUUUUGGCUCCCUCGUGGAACAGACAGAUUUGGACGUCAUUGUUUCAGUGCUCUACGAAAAAGGAGUCUUCUCUGAAGCAAUGAUAGAGCCUUACAAGGAUACAACCAAGGACGUGAGGAUGCGGAAGCGCGACUUGUACAGAGACAUCGAGCGGCGCGGGCCCACGGCGUUCCCGAGCCUGCUGGAGGCGCUCACGGAGACGGGCCACUGGGACCUGGUGCGCGCGCUCGACCCCGACUCCAACCUGCACCCGCGCGACAAGCGGAACAAACUUGGACAGUCACAAAGUAUAUCCAUGCAGACACCGGACCCUAGUUUUGUUAGUCUGAAGCAAUACAAAGAAGUUAUUAAAAAGGAAGCAGAGACUCAGCAUAAUGCACAGGCAGCAAAAAUACCAUACCCACAUGAUUUUAGCAAACCUGACAAGACUUCAGCAGAAAUCCCACACAUACAUGUGGUCAAGUCUACUAAAUUUCAUGAAGAAGGCUUAGAUGGCAUCCCGCUGUACCGCACGCGCAGCCGGCGGCGCGGCGUGCUGAUCGCGUUCAGCUUCAUCGAGUUCAGCCACAACGUGGAGGAGCACCGCGCGGGCGCCGAGCUGGACUGCACCAACCUCAAGUACCUGUUCGACGAGAUCGGCUUCGAGACCAUCUUCUACAACAACUUGUCCAAGAAGGAGACAGAAGACACGCUGCGCAACCUGAAAGUGAUCAAAGACUUGGAGAAGGGCUCUACCGAGUGCGUGUUCAUCCUGGUGUCGUCGCACGGCUACGAGCGCACCCGCACCAGCGACACCGACAUCCGCUGCAGCGACGGCGGACUCAUCUCCAUAUUGAGCAUUAUAGAGCAGUUCAAUAACAAGAACUUUCCCAGCUUGAAAGACGUGCCCAAAGUGUUCAUCUUUCAGUCUUGCCGCGGGUCAACCGACGAGCACAUCUGGGCGCCGCCCCGGCCGCUGGCCGCGCCCCUCGCGUCCCCGCGCCUGCAGCACGACGGCUCGGCCCGCGCCCCCCGCGCCGCCUCCCCCGCCCCCGCGCAACACUACGACGCGCUUGCGCCGGAGAGAUUGUAUUCGGAUAUACUGAUUGCGCACUCGACGCUGCCUGGCUUCGUAUCCCGGCGCGACCCAGAAAAAGGCUCGUGGUACGUGCAGGCCCUGUGCGAGGUGUUCGCGGCGCGCGCUCACGACUGCCACGUGGGGCAGCUGUUCACGCUCGUGGACACGGCGCUGCACCGGCGCUUCCACUCGCAGACCUCCUCUGUGGACCGCUGGGGGUUCAACAAGUUGUUGUAUCUGCAUCCCGGCCUGUUUGAAGACUGACCGAGAGCGGGUAGGUUGGAGGGGCGAAAUGUUGGAAGGUAAAAGUGGGGGGUUUAUGAGUGUUUGAAUGUGGAUCUGUUACGGUCAGCUUGUGGUAUGCUGUUGAUUGCCUUAUGUUAUCAGCUCUAACAUCUGGACAGAAGUACAAACUAGUACUUAUCGCUCUAAGUUUUCAGUUGGCUAAUUCAGCGGGCUGGUGAAUUACCAGUCCAUGGUUCCACUCGAAAAGUUAUAGCGUCUUAAGUUGUGGAAGAGUUAACAUAUUCAAUGUAGGUUUUGUUGUAAAGUAAAUACCGUCACAAAUGUUACACUACUAUACUUACAUAAUAUUUUCAUACUGCCAUUGUUCACUGCCACUCGUUAAAUGUAAGACUAAAAUGAAUAUUUUUAAAAUUUUAUAAGUAAAAUAAUGUAAUAUGCAUAGGUAUCUGAUGCUCAAAAAAUAAUUCCUGCCUAUUUUAGUGGUCAGCUAUGGCAAUAAUCAUUACAUUAGGAAUAAUUUAUUAGAAUAUAAUUUUAUUGACUUAAACAGAAUAUGUAUUAUGUUUCUUAUCCAUUGCAUGAUGACAACAUUGUAAAACUACUCCUCCGAAAUCCAGGAGAAAGUGAAAAUCUUACCUUAUCAUUUGUAUUUUUAAUUAUAAUGUGCUUCAGUUAUGCCACAGAGUAUUGAUACUGUCCUGCAGGUUGCUUUCCUCCUGUUGUGGUAAAUCUUCCCAUUCCAUAAGCAAUUCUGAGUACGAGAUUUCUCACUGUUUUUGUAAAGUAAACGCAAUUAGUACGAAACAGUGAAAAAGCUCAUGGUGCCACAGCAAUUGGAAGAUGAAAAAUACGAUUGCAUAAACAGCAAUAAGGUAUGCCACGGGGGACGCGACUGUAUCUACUGAGGGGCUCCCGCUAUCAACUGUAGCACAAUUUUGAGAGAAGCAAAGUGUCUGGUUGGUGUAAAUCAAAUAAGACUACUGUGAUAAAUAGCUUUGGUCUCAAAAUGUUAGAUGAUAAAGUUACCUAUUAUUUUUUGAUACUUGGAUAUGAGUAGUGAAAGUCCUCUUAUGUUUUCAUGUUAAAUUAAAAAGUAAUUGUUUUUUAUCAUAAUGAAUUAGCAAGUAAGGUCUAUUGUUAUAUCUUAUCUUCCAAUACUGCAUUUAAUUCUUUACAAGUUUAUAUUUAAUAGCUAAUAAGUGAAACUGAUUUUUAUAACAAUGAAUAAUUUAUUUCACAUUAUUAUGAUCUUGUAAAUAAAUUUUUUAAAUCUAUUUUUACUGAUUUUAGAAAAUAUACAAAUUAUCGAUAUUUUCUUGGUUUUAUUGAGGGUUGAGGGUGAUUCAAAGUUAAUAGUUUCAAAUGAAUACUAUUUAUUAAGUAACGGACUUAACAAUACUUAUAAAAAUAUAUAUUACAAAAAAUAUUUAAAACUGAUUUUAAUAAGUAGAAGCUCACGACUGGUAUACCUUUUACUUUUACCUUUACGGUAAAUUACAGU